CCCCUGUCUGUCGUUUGUCUUUUUUGCGUUUACCGUUCAUCGUUUAUCGCUGCGUCAGAGAUCGUCGCCGUCUCUGUCUCUGUCUGUCAACCGCGUCAAGAACUGUUACCAGUCGAGCGUGUCAGAGCAGCGCCAUUGUAAAUAUUGCGUAUACGCCGCGUCUGCUUCGCCGAACCCGUGACCUUAAACUAACACAAAGUAUCCGAUAGCUCCCCAUACAUACAAGCCAUAAACCGACCAUAACCGCUUGGAGCCCCUCAUCAUCGCAAUAAAGCAACGAAAUAAGAAUCAAAAGCAAAGGCAAAGGCAAAGGCAAAAUCGCGAAACAGACACACAGGAGAGAUACGAAUACGUAUUUCAGCACGAAAAAAAAACAAGAAAAAAGACAAAAUAAGAUAAAAAAUAUAUACAACUAUAUGUACACUGUCGUUGCGGUGGAAACGAUGACAAAAAACAAAAGUAAAUAGCCCGUAAUAAAUGCUGAAUUCCGCUGGAGAGUAGCGGGCGAAUUCAAAUUUACUCACCAAAAAAAACCCCCCCAAGGCUAUUAAAUUGUGAUAAUUCCAGCUAAGAGAGUAACGGACAAGUAAAGAGAGUACGUACGGACAUAAAGAAAUAAAGCAAUUACGAUAAGUCUUAUCAGAGACCCACUGCCGCGCCCGCGCCCUCUCCCGCACCAACCAGGCAACGAAAGAAACCAAAAAUGGCCGACCCCGAUCUCAGUCCGCUGCCGUUCCGUCGCGAGCGCAAUCUCAGCAACCGAAACUUCAACAAGCGCAACUCUCGUCGCCGCAUCAGCCAGCAGGCGGCGGAGCAGGAGCGCCACCCCAGUACCAACAUGGACGCCGACGGUGCCAGACAACGCGACAGUGCCGUGAGCAGCAGCUCCAGCUCAUUCCAGCUCUCCUACUCGGUCAACUCCGAUACGGAGAGUGCGUUCCAGCGUCGCUCACUGCUCAAAUUGCGCGAGCCCGAGGUAGAGGUGGAGGGCGAGAGCGCGCCCCAGACACCCAUGACACCCACAACGCCAGAUCCCGCGUGGCUCGAUGUCCGGCAAAAGGUGCAGCGCUUCGAGACGCUGAAGACGACCAUUGGAUACCUGCGCCAGGAGAGACAUAGCCUGAAGUUGCUCGAGAAUCGCCGCCGUCCGUCAUUCGAGGACCAUGCGGGGGAGCAUAGGACGCCCCCGGCCACACCACCGCGACGCAUCCGCCUUCCUGGUCUGGCCGGCAGUCGGAGCAGCUCCAUACCCAGCACUCCCGGCACCACGAAUAGCAGCAUUAGCGAGGUGCGUUCCGAGGACGAAGUGGACCAGAUAUCGGACUUUGAAACGGAUCCACAUGCAACCAGGGAGUACGUACUCGCCGAGAGCGCCUCCGAGGUCUUGCCCAGCCAUGCCGUAGAUCCCGAAGAUGAGUCGAGUAGCCAGCAGGUGCAGCGUUCGAUCAGCGUCGAUCAACCAGCGGCGAGCCACACAUUGCCGCUGCAAAUGCGCAAUGAUCAGGACUUUCCAAGAAACUAUCGCUCCACGCCGAGACGAAAGACUGAAAUCAUUGGGACAACAAAUCAGCAUCUCGUUGGCAAAUUUCACUCGCUCUAUCAGCCCAAGGACGAGGAGGAGGAAGUGGAAAUCGAGCUGCGGGAUAAGAGCGACAAGUGCGUGCAUCCCAUUCUGGAGGAGCUGGUCAAGACGGAGGAGGCUUAUGUGAACAAUCUGUACACGGGCAUCGAGAACUAUGGCAACAUCUUUCAGCGCAAAGAUCUGCCGCAGGGUCUCCGUGGCAAGAAGUACGAUCUCUUCGGCAAUAUCGAACAGAUUGCGGAGUUCCAUCGCGAUGAGUUCUUGCCGAUGCUGCAGCGCAACAAACGUGAUCUGAAGCGGUUGUUCGACGAAUUCCUGCAGCUACUGGAUCAAAACUGCUUCUAUGGGUACGUCAUCUUCACCAUGAACAAGCAGAAUUCAUUGAAACUCUGUGAUCUCUACAAAAACUAUUUCACCAACAUACGCCUGGAACGCGACGAUAAGCUGGGCAUCAAUAGCUUCCUGGUGCAGCCCAUCCAGCGUAUGGCCCGCUAUCCCCUCCUCUUGACGCAGUUCAUCAAUACCUUCUUCAAGAACCGCGACAUUGUGAUGAAGCCGCUCAUUGAGUCCUGCUGUCGCCUGGAGAAGCGACUGCGCACCCUGCUGACCACCACAAACGAGUCGGAGAUCAUUAACGACAUUGUGGGCUGCCACGAGUUCAAUGUCUUCUACCAGGGCAAGUUUCGCAAGGUGAACGAGUUCCAGAUCUUCGAUUGCAAACAGAAGCGCAGCUACCGGGCCAAGGUCUUCAUAUUCGACAAGUGCAUCAUCUACACGGAGAUCAAGGGCAAGCAGCUGCUCUUCCACGGCCGCUAUCCCUGCGAGCACAUUGGCAUCUCGGCCAAGACCAAGUCGUUCACGCUCUAUUACGAGCGCCGCAAGCAGCAGGAGUGCGAAUUCACCGCGGAUCCGGCCCAGAUCUCGCACUGGCUGGACCUCAUACGGGACAUGAUCAACAACUACGCCAACGAGGAGCGCCAGAAGCUGCAUGAGCUAUACGGCCGCGAGAACGAUCACCUGCAUCGGAAGCCGCCCAGUUUCUCGCUCUACCGCGACUCCAACCGCUUCAGCACCGACAGCGGCAUCGGCAACAUAUGGAUAAUGCCCAAGCCGGACGAGGAGACGGCCAGCAAUCGCAGCACUUGGUAUGCCAACUCGUAGACAACGCCCCAAAGCCACUGCGGGAUAUGGCACUUAGCAAACCGAUCGGAGCAAUAUCGGGUUAUGGGAGACCGGCAGUUAUAGAUCGGUGCUCGGUAGAGAGCACCUUCCAGUCCGGACCUGCCGCGGGCAGGGGCCCACUGGGCAAUCAGCCAAGCCAAGUUAUCAUUGAAUGUUCUUUCAAAUUCGUGUUCGUUUUUGUUGCAAGCCAAAUGGAAAACACAAAUGGAAAACCGAAACAAAAAACAUUUCAAGUUGAAAGCUAAAUCACCAAAUAUUUUGUUCUAAGUUUAGUAGUUUAAUUAAAUUCGUAAUACUAUUGAUGUCGCAAGGCGACUGUCAGUUUGUUGUCGUUGUUCUCUGGUGCCUAAAUAAUUAAGAUUUGAUUAUUUUAUGUGAAUAUCGACUAUGAAUUAUGUUUUAGUCAAGCUAUAGUGGAAAAUUGUAUCAAUAAAGUGGAACUGA